AAGGUUUCAGUUGAGUCUUGGUCUGUUCACUGUGUUAAUCUUUGCUACCAUUCGCUUUGUCUGAUUGAGAACGUGAGAUCUCAUACUUAAAAACCCGUGCAAUUAAAGAAUUUGGUCUUUCUCAAAAAUGAAUUUUCCAAGCUUUGUAAUUAUUGCGGUUUUACUAAGCUUAAGCGCUUGCCAAAUAUACAGCGAUGAGGUUACGGAGACCGAAGAAAAAGUUGAAGUAUCCAUGGAAGUGUCCAUACGUGCCAACAAUGUAACGAUGUCUUACAAAAUCGAACCAUUGCCCAACUCUUACGCCCACCUCGGUGAAGGUCCCCAUUGGGAUAUUGAGACGCAGAGUCUCUACUAUGUUGACAUUGAAGCUGGCAAAAUACUGCGCUACGACUACCAGGAGGAUAAGGUGUACCAUAGCAAAGUUGAAGACGUCGAACUCGCCUCCUUCAUUGUGCCGGUCGAGGGACAAAGCGACAAAUUCGUUGUUGGAGCUGGUCGUCGUGUACUUGUCGUCACAUGGGAUGGUGUUUCACCGACAAGCAAGGUAGACCGUGUACUCUUCGAAGUGCAACAAGACGAGCAGUAUAUUGUUAAUCGUUUUAACGACGGCAAAGCUGAUCCACGUGGACGUCUCUUCGCCGGCACGAUGCGUUAUGUCGGUGAUGAAUUCAAAGAUCGCUGGGGCGAACUCUACAAGUAUGAGAAGGGUGGCAAGGUGUCGGUAGCGAAGACGGAUGUUGGUAUCUCCAACGGUUUGGCAUGGAACGAGAAGACAAAUAAGUUCUAUUAUAUAGACACAACCGAUUAUGAAGUGAAGGAAUACGAUUAUGACUUUGAUGCUGGUGUAGCGACUAAACCGAAGGUAGUUUUCGAUUUGCGUCGUCCGAAUCCGAAGGACAAUGUGUUGCCCGACGGUUUGACCAUAGAUAGCGAUGGUAAUCUUUAUGUGGCCACUUUCAAUGGACACACCAUUUACAAGGUCAACCCAAGCACCGGCAAAGUGCUCUUGGAAAUCAAGUUGCCAACCAAGCAGAUCACAUCUGCCGCCUGGGGUGGUCCCAAUCUCGAUAUCUUGUAUGUAACAACAUCAGCCAAAUUCGAUCAACCAGCACCGGCUGGCACCACUUACAAAAUCACCGGCCUGGGCGCCACUGGUUUGCCUAUGACCAAGGUUCAACUAUAAUCUUACACAGUUAUAUUAUCUGAACAGUUUUUAUACGUUUUCAUAUUAAAUUUACACCAUAAAAAUAUAAA